AUACGAAUGAGGCGACGCUGAAUAAUUACAAUAUCAUUUCAGAAGUAUUACAGCCCAUCGCGAUGACGGUCAGGUUUUCGUCGAUCCCGACGGUGGUCGUUUUGUUCAACGCCGUAUUCGAUUGCCAAGUUCGUAACGGUUUUCUAUGCAAUAUCGCUUGUACACAUUUACCGUAAAAACCGCAGAACCCUCCGGCCUUUGGGGCGGCACGGCCACCGGAAGUACCCGAGCCGUAUUAAAAAACCGUUCGGAAAUGAUUCUUUUUUUCUUUUUUUCCCGUUUCGACGCCACCGUGGACGCUCAAUAGAGUCGAUCCGGGCAGCAGUGUCGUGUCGAGUUCAAUCUUAAGGGUAUUGAAAANGUUCGUAACGAUUUUCUAUGCAAUAUCGCUUGUACACAUUUACCGUUGGUUAGGUUUUUGCAGAACCCUCCGGCAUUUGGCGGCACGGCCACCGGAAAUACCCGAGUCGUAUUAAAAAACCGUUCAGAAAUGAUUGUUUUUUUUUUUUUUUCCCCGUUUAGACGCCACCGUGGACGCUCAAAAGAGUCGAUCCGGGCAGCAGUGCCAUGUCGUUUUUCAACAACACCGUCGUCGAUUCGUUCACGUUGACCAGAUGGAUGUGGACGGAUUCGUCCGGCGGCUUUUGGGACACCAGAUUAAAAGUAACGUCACUCAAUAAAGACGGUAUGUGGACCUGCAAUUAUUAUUUGUUUCUUUUAUUUUUCUCGUUCGAUCGAAUNAAAAUUUACGAGCGCCCGCCAACCGGGUAAAUAUCAUUGCGGUGCUUUUGACGAUACUAGAAAUUUGUUUGAUUUUGUAUGAAACACGAUUGCAGCAUUUACCUUUCCUCUGUGAUAAUAUUCAAGCCGCGCAUCAUAACGAUAUCAUCCAUGGCAGUCAACAUCAACAGAAUGUGUUUAAAUAAGCCAAAAAAAAAGUCAACCAUAAAAAAAAAUAGUACAAUUUUCUUAACAUAAGAUUGUAUAGUUAUAUCUAUUUUCUUAGCCUUUCUCUUUUAUGUUUGGUUUUUUGUUUUUGUUUUAAAAUAUUAUGCUAUUUAAUAUUAUGCUCACUACUAAAUUUAUGUACAAAUCUCGUGUCCAUAUAAUCGACAUAAAUGACAUAAUGCGAUCGUUAGACUAAAAUAUAUCGCGUUCAGGAAGUCAUAUAUAAAUGUAUAAUAUCAUUUUAUUUGAA